AUGGUCCUGUCACUUCAUCAGAAUAUGCGUUUGGAUGCACUUGAACCGGAAAAUGUGGCUUUUGCAAAAUACCUGACUGAGAUUGGUGAUGAUCCAAAGGAAGAUGUUGAUUUACCUCCGUCGGUAACUAGGUGCAAAGAUAUGGAUGGAUUAAUAAACAGUCUGUAUCCAUGGCUGGAAACAAAAGAAAGGGUUUCUUCAGAACGCUUCACUGAACGGGUGAUACUAUCAGCACCCAAUGAGGAUGUACACAAGAUAAAUGCAGCAGCUAUGAAUGCCUUAGAUGGGGAUAUGUACACAUACCUAGCUGCAGACAAACUUAAUGCAGAUGAUGCUGGCAAUACUCAGCGACUUAAUAGCGAAUUCCUGCAAAAUUUAAACCCACCCGGAAUGCCUAGGUUCAAGCUGGAAAUAAAGGUUGGAUGUCCAAUCAUGGUCCUGAGAAACCUAGCACCCUCGGAAGGUCUUUGUAAUGGUACUAGGUUGUUGGUCACUAGGUGCGGACAACACGUGAUAGAAGCCAAGAUUUUGACAGGUGAUAAAGCAGGUGAGAUUGUUUUCAUCCCAAGAAUAAAUUUCAAGCCGACGGCAACGGAGAUGAAUAUCAACCUGACAAGGCAUCAGUUUCCCAUCUGUCCUGCUUAUGCCAUGACAAUCAACAAAUCACAAGGACAAUCCGUGAAAUACGUUGGAAUUGACCUCCGCACUCCAGUGUUUAGCCACGGACAACUUUACGUGGCAUUGUCAAGAUGCACUGCCGCAAGGAGAAUAAAUGUGCGUUGA